AUGCAGGGUUGUACUGAAGCUGCAGGACCUGAACAGCUUGGAAGUGUAGGAAAGGCAUUAACUGGAGAAGGCUAUGAAGCAGGACUCAGAUGGAUUGAGGUGUUAUCGACCAACCCUGUGGGUAUCGCUGAGGAAAUGGAAAGCGUUUUGGAUUUAAACAACGUGGAGGUGAUACCUACCCAAGAACUAGCCAGGACUCAAGAUAAGGACUCGGAAACUGGUUUGUUGAAACGAUGGGUGAGCAGUGGUGAAAGGCCAACAAAGGAGGAACUCAGGACAUAUCGAGGAAAGUUGCGGAGGAAACUUGGAACUUGGAUCAGGAGCUGGGAUAGAUUGCAUUUGGAUUCGGAUGGGAUUCUACGAAGAACUUGUAAAUUACCUGACUCUCGAGAUUGUGCUCAAAUAUGCCUGCCAGAGGAAUACCACCAAAUGAUUUACGAGAUGCUUCAUCGAGACAUGGGACACUUGGGACCAGAUAGGGUGAUUGCCCUCGCACAGGAACGAUUCUACUGGCCUGGUAUGGGUGAAGAUAUUACCAGAUACAUUCAGAAGAGAUGUCCUUGCCUCAAAGACAAGAAACCCACGGUGACCAGGAGAGCAGAGUUGAAACCGAUCGAGACAACCCAACCAUUUGAACUGGUAGCAAUUGAUUAUGUACACUUAGAACGCUCAAAAGGAGGAUAUGAGUACAUGUUGGUUUUGGUGGACCAUUUCACUCGUUUUGUGCAAGUGUACCCAACCAAGAACAAGUCUGGUCGUACAGCAGCGGAUAAGAUUUUCAAUGACUUCAUCCCUCGGUUCGGAUUUCCGGGAAAGCUUCAUCACGACCAAGGAAGGGAAUUUGAAAACCAUCUGUUCCAUCAGCUUCAGAAGAGAUGUGGAAUUGGUAGAAGUCGGACAACACCGUACCACCCUGCUGGCAAUGGAACAUGUGAAAGGAUGAAUAGAACUAUACUUGGGAUGUUGAGGACCCUAAGUGAACAACACAAGAAGGAUUGGAAGAGUCACGUAGACAAGCUAGUACAUGCGUACAAUUGUACGAAGAAUGACUCUACAGGAUUCUCCCCUUUCCGUCUUCUGUUUGGUAGAUCCCCAAGACUUCCAGUUGAUUUAGUUUUUGGAUGUAAUCAAGAUGAAGGUUUGGACACAGUGGAUAAAUGGACCGGUCAACUGAAAGAGGCCUAUGAUAUGGCCAGAGAGAACAUAGGAAAAUCCAAAGAGAAAGGAAAGAAGAAUUAUGACAAGCAUCUGAGAAGCACAAUUUUGAAGGAGGGCGAUAGAGUGUUGGUACGAAAUCUCAGUGAAAGGGGAGGCCCUGGAAAAAUCAGGUCGUAUUGGGAAAAGGAUAUCCACAUUGUGACCAAACGAGUAUCGCCAAAUGCACCAGUUUAUGAGGUUAAACCGGAGAAAGGGAUGGGCAGGACUAGGAUUCUACACCGGAAUCUACUCUUACAAUGCGACGAGCUGCCAUUUGAAGGACCACCAAUUAGACGAUUGCGAAAACGGAGAGACCGACGACGACCAGAGGUGCAUCAAGAGUCUGAUGAAUUGGAUAGCGACAUUGAGAGUUCUGAUGAGGGAUUGGUACCAGGAUUUCGAAGUGAGGAGACAACUCCAGAAACACGGAACCAAGAACCUACACCGACUGACAAUGGCGCGGACAUAGAACCGGAGGUAGAAGCAGAACAAGAUGAUUCAGAGAAUGCAAGGGAUGAAUCAAGUACCCAGAAUUCCGGGACUGAACAAUCCAAUUCGAGUGAUGAGCAUUCAAGAGAAUCAUCCACUGAUGGACCAGUGGAACGACCGAGACGGCAAGUGAGACCACCACAAACGCUGACGUACAAUACGCUAGGGAACCCUACAGUUCAACCAAGAGCAUUUCCAGUAAUGCAAGAACCAAGGGCAUAUCCAAUGGUGCAUGGAGUACCUGUUCAGCAGAUGGGGGGUUGGCCGUCAGCUCCAUGGGGAGGAUACCCGAUCUUCGUGCAGUAUCCGAUCCCAGGCUUUAAUGGACACUAG